AUGAAUUCCUACUUUGACGGCUACAUCCAUUCCAAUACCACCUUGAAGGAAUUUGUGGAACAAUAUGACAAUGCCUUGCAUAAGAAGGUGCAAAAAGAAGAAGAGGCAAAUGCUUGUUCCUUAAAUGUUCAAAUUCAGAAUGUGUCCCCUUACAAGUUUGAGAACCAAUUUCAGCAAGUAUACACAAUUGCGAAAUGCAAGGAAUUCCGAGACCAAGUAACCUUCAAGAUUGGGUGCAAUUUGACUAUUAGACCAGUAGAAAAUGGUAUUUCAGAAUUUCACAUUGAACAAGACAUUCUAGUUGGAAAGAAAAAAGAUAGAUGUAAAACUCGUGCUUUUCUUGUUCAUUUUAAUGAGAAGUCAAGAGAAACUAAUUGCAAUUGUCGAUUGUUCGAGAGUAAGGGGAUGGUGUGCACGCAUAUGAUUUCGGUUUGGUCAAAAAAGAAGCUUGAAGUUAUGCCUGAUAAAUACAUUCUACGACGAUGGAGCAAAAACUUGGCGAGGAGUCACACAAAAAUUAAGGUCAGUUAUGUUAAUUGGAAUAGCAAGCCUGAAUUCGCUCGCUAUGACAGUUUGUUGAAGUUAUUCAAUGAGGUCGCUGAUAAGGCCAUGUAUUCCAUUGCGAAGACUCAUAGGAUGGCGGAUAGGUUGCGAGAAAUUAAAGCGGAGAAUGACUUAGACGAUGAGAAAUGUGUAAGUAAUAUGUCUACGGUUGGAGAUGCACAAAUUGAUAUGGAAUGUUUCCAAGAUAAAUCAAUUACCCUGGGCGAUCCAAGUAAAGGUCCUCGAAGAGGGCGACCACCGACUAAGAGGAAGCAAUCUAUGACUGAACAAAUUAUUAAGAAGAAUGAUGUGGAAGUCUACACUCAUGCUACGGGGUUUGACGGGAAUAUCACACAAGAGGGUGGAACCAUUACUCCAUCUCAGGGAAGUGUAGGAUAUCUUGGUACAUGGAGCUAUGACCUUAAUGAAUCUUCAUUUUGA